AUGCCCAGAUUAGACGACCACUUCUGGAGUUGUUCCUGUCCUGCCAGUGAGAGGCACAAAAAACACCCCAAAGCCAGACCUGAGGGGCUGGCAGGGAAAGUGAAAGAGAUGAUCAAUUCUGUUUCCAGCCCCUCUUUAUUGGUGGACCACAGUGCCCCAAAUACCAACCCCUCACACAGGCGUCAGAGCACUAAUGUGAGUGGCCACAGUUGCAGCAAUAGCAGAAGUCACAUUAACAGUUGGCAUCAUCACUUGGUACAAAGGAGCCUUGUGCUGUUUUCAGUUGGAGUUGUCCUAGCCUUGGUGCUCAACCUUCUUCAGAUACAAAGGAAUGUCACUCUUUUCCCUGAAGAAGUGAUUGCCACAAUCUUCUCUUCUGCCUGGUGGGUUCCCCCCUGUUGUGGGACAGCAGCUGCUGUUGUAGGGUUACUGUACCCCUGCAUCGACAGUCAUCUUGGAGAACCCCACAAGUUUAAGAGAGAGUGGGCUAGUGUAAUGCGCUGUAUUGCUGUUUUUGUUGGCAUCAAUCACGCAAGUGCUAAGUUGGAUUUUGCCAAUAAUGUUCAACUCUCCCUGACUUUAGCAGCCCUAUCCUUGGGCCUUUGGUGGACAUUUGAUCGUUCAAGAAGUGGUCUUGGGCUUGGAAUUACCAUAGCAUUUCUAGCCACUCUGAUCACUCAGUUUCUUGUAUAUAAUGGUGUUUAUCAGUAUACAUCCCCAGAUUUUCUCUAUAUUCGUUCUUGGCUCCCAUGCAUAUUUUUCUCAGGAGGUGUAACAGUAGGAAACAUAGGACGACAGCUGGCUAUGGGUGUUCCUGAAAAGCCACAUACUGAUUGA